CCCUAACGAGCCCCCUGUCCCUAGCCCCCCUCCUGUUUGAAGCACCCUCCACCCUCCACUACUUCCCCGUUUCGCUAUCGUCCACCGCCAGCCAGGUGAGAAGGCCAUGAGUAGCUCGUGCUCUUCUGCAGCUGUGGUGGAUGAGGGUAAUGCGAAGAUGGCAGUGAGGGGGUGGGUCGGGUGGGAGGAGGAGAUCGUGAUGGAGGACAAUGACGGCGAGGAGUGCAAGGUGUGCUACUUCCUUCGCUCUGCACCGCCCCAGGAUGGCGGUAAGAGCGAGAGGGAUCUGGCGGUGGUGGGUAAGUAUUGGGAACCUGGGAACAUAGCCUACUCGGCAGACUUGCAGUUCCUGAAGUCCCUCCAGACGGCACUGGAGUCUGGGUCACCGUCCGCUAGGGUGGUGACGGUGGCGAUGGAGACCACUCAACUCAGGUGGACGUCCAGGAAGGAGGUCAUGGACUGGCUCACGUCGCUCGUCUUAGAUCCUCCGUAUGGAGCCUUUGGAUUCACUUGUCCCGACAACCAUGAUGGUGCAUCUAAGGAUACCCUCUCAACACUUGCUGCUGCUGGGGAGAACAAACAAGGGUUCACAUGGAUAUGCAAACUGCCCCAUCUUGAUCAACAUCGGAAGCAUUACAAAUCCUUUUGCCGAGAGGGAAUGAGAAUUUCGGUUCAUGAUUUUGUGUUCAUCAAGAGUGGAGGGAGAGAGAGCCAUGUUGCCUAUGUGGAAGACAUGUAUGAAGAUAGUAGCGCCAAGAACAUGGUGCUGGUACGAUGGUUUGAGGAACCUGAUGGUGAACAUGGUGUUGUAUUGCCCCCUGAUCUUUAUCGCAAGGAGAUCUUGUUUGCCUAUGGGCUGCAAGAUCUGAGGGUUCAAUUUGUGGAGGGAGUGGCCGCGGUCCUGAAUCCACAACACUUUGACAUGUUCAACAAAAUAAGUGGAGGGCACAGCAGCUGGCAGCCCUAUGUAUGCAGUCGGCAGAUCGAAGAUGACAUUGUCGGACCCUUUGACAUCACGCAGCUGCAAGGAUAUGCAAACCAGGAGAUCGUAAAGGAAAUUGUUGCCGCAUCCUCGUCCACGGCGGUGCAGGCCAAGCCACCCAAUAACAAAGGUAAAGCUGAAAUUACUGGCAUGGCUGCCGAGAACCAUGCUGGUUCUUCUGGCACUGUCUUCGGUGACAAAACCAUGCAGAAGCAGAAGCCACCUGCAUGCAAUGCAACUCCUUUCAGUUCCAGCUCUAUUAUCGGUGAAAAAACCAUGGAGAAGCAGAAGCAGAAAUCUCCUCCAUGCAGUGCAACUCCUUCCAGCUAUGUUAUUGGUGACAAGACCAUGGAGAAGCAGAAGCAGAACCCCCCUCCAUGUAGCGCAACUACUUCCAGCUCCGUUAUCGUUGACGAAACCAUGGAUAAGCAGAAACAGAAUCAGAAUCAGAAGGAGAUGCCCCCUCCAUGUAGCACAACUGCUUCCAGCUCUGUUAUCGUUGAUAAAACCAUGGAGAAGGAAAAGCAGGAGCAGAAGGAGAUGCCCCCUCCAUGCACUGCAACUCCACAAAGUGUCACCAAUGGCCAGACCGUUGAAAGCAGUGUCAUUCCUUGCAGCGUGGUGAACUGUCAGACCACCACGCUGAAUCAGCCGCCGCCAAGUGGUACUGGUACUAGUAAUGCGGCAGCCAAUGAUGCAUCAACCAUGGUGAACCCUGAGAAGAUGUUCCAGCCUGGCUGCUGUCUUGAAGCCCUGUGCCAAGACAGCAGCAUGAGGGGCUGUUGGUUCAAAUGUGUGGUACUCAGGAGGAGGGAGAAAGAUAACAAGGUCAGGGUGCAGUACCAAGACCUUUCGAAUUCCGAGGAUAAAGGACAACUCAGGGAAUGGCUCAAAGUUGCAAGAAUUGCGGAACCUGACCACCUAGGCAUACGCCUUACUGAAAGGCCCAUGCUCCGCCCACAGCUCCCAACAUGCUACAGGAAGAUCGAGUCUCCGGUGGCUGUCGGGGUCAUCGUCGAUGUGUGGCUAAAUGGCGGAUGGUGGGAGGGGAUCGUGCUGCAGCAGGACAAUGUUGGUCAUGUCCUAGUUUAUCUCCAAGGGGAGGGGAGACUUGUGGAGAUCAAAGUAGACUCUCUGCGAAAGUCAUUUGAGUGGCGUGAGGAGCAAUGGAUACCUCUAGAUGCAAGAAAAGAUGUUGCAGCCAAGAUAACCCUUGACCUGAAGAAGCAGAAGGGCAUCCAGCAAUCUGCAAUGAAGAAGGAUGGUGGGAGCUCUUCCAAACAGAAGGCUCAGAAGAUGGGUGAGCAAUCUAGGCAGACGGCGGCGACCGCAGCACUCACAGCCGCAGAGCUAGCCGCACCAAGCCUAGGACUGUUGCAGCCUUGGGAGAAAGGUGAUGAUGAAACUGCAAACUCUACUCCUCCAUGGAAGAGGUUCCUGGACCAGGGCUACUCUUUCAAGGAAAAAGGACUGGAGGAGCAGGCUAAAAAGAACAAGGGUCCUAUUGAUGAAGCUGCAACGCCAGUUACAGAGGAGGGAGAUGGCAUGUCCCGCGGUGAUAGCUCACCUUAUGCCAAGCGGUGCCGGGUUGAUCCUACAAACUCUGAUGGCCUGAAUGGCGCUAAACACAAGGGCAAGGCUAGAAAAUCUUCUCGCGCAAAGAAAACAGGGUCUUUGGAGGGCAGUAACCAGGGAGGCACCAGUGGCUCUGCCUCUACUAGAUGCGCUGCGUCGGUGAACACGGUGCCUAUGGAGGAUAUAUGUAUAACAAGUGGAGAGGCUCCUGUCGUCGCUAUGGACAAAUUGGAGGUGAUCGACCUGACCAUGUACGACUGAAGCUGGUAGCAGGAUAUGUUGAAGUCUAGCCUCAACUUUCCAUUCAUGAACCACCGUUUCUCAAACAUUUCGCUCAUUCGCCUAUCAGUGUGUGCUUUUUAUUGCCAUUAUAGACAGAGAUUUAUAUGUGCUCUCUGAACUUCAAAUAAAUGGAGACAUUCGUUGUCUAGUUGUCUA